ACGAACAGGCGGAGCCUCGCCACGUCAUUUUUGCGAACCCCCAUCACCCCCGCGCCUGCAAAGAUGGCUGCUACCAGGGAACGGAGACGGGGCGCAGUGAGAGAGGCGUCUCCGUCGGACUGGGCCUUCGCCCUCCUGCUGCUGCUCGUGAGCCUGGCCCUGUCGGCCUGCACCCAGUUGGACGAUGAUGCUUCUAAAAAUGACAGUGCAGUGUUAAAUACAUCUCAUAUUCCAGCAGUCAAUCUGCCCAAUUCAGUAACUUCAACAAAAAAAGAAAUGCUCUCAACAACUCUUAAGGCCAAUAAUAUUGUCACACACGGACCAGCGACCGAGAAGGAUGAGUCAGCCUCAUCUGUUACAGCUCAUUCCACAUCUGUUAGCCCCAUUUCACAAGUGGAGGUGGAUGCUUCUGAAGAUACUAAAAUUGAGGAAGAGGGUCUCCUAACAGACUUCAAAGAUAUAUCUAAUAGUUCACCACCAACAUCAAAAGAAACUAUGGAAUCUGAUGGACAGGAUGACUAUGGCCAUUAUGAGAUGACAUCCAAUUCUAGAUAUAAUACAGACCUGGAUUUGCGAGAAGAUGAGGAGACUGAUACCUUUGACAGCUACAGUGAGCACGUGAAAUCUCUUGAUGCCAAGAUAAAGGACUCUGUCUCAGAAUUGGAAGAAGAAGACACCCAUUUCUUUUUCCACUUGGUUAUUAUUGCCUUCUUAGUAGCUGUAGUUUAUAUCACAUAUCAUAAUAAGAGAAAGAUCUUCUUGUUGGUCCAGAGCCGAAGGUGGCGUGAUGGUCUUUGCUCCAGAACAGUGGAAUAUCAUCGUUUAGAUCAAAAUGUUAAUGAAGCAAUGCCUUCACUGAAGAUAACAAAUGAUUACAUUUUUUAAAAGCAGCAAUUUGAUGUAUUAGUCAUUUUCUUUGCCUGACUUUAUAUAAAAUGUGCAGAGUCUGCUAUAAAGAAUUUGUGUUGAAAUGAGAGAUCUCUUGCCUGGAUAGGUUUGAGAUAGAAGCUCUUGUAAGAUACAAGGCAUGUAGUAUUAGCAUUUUAAUUCUUAGUCAACAGUUAAGUUUCAAAUCACAUGUACAGGAACUAGAUUUAAUCAGUUUAUUUCACUUUUUUCUUGUGUUUCAUUUUGUGCUUCCGUUCCUUCUGGCUAGAGCAGUGCCAACAUAGCUAAUAUAAAAAUAUGGGAUAAAACAUUUUAGAUCUAAUAAAUUGAGUCUGCGAUAACUGAAUCAGAUCAAUGGUCCUUUUCUGCAAAUCAGUUAUAUGGCUCAUAAAUCCUGUUUUACUUUUUUUGGAAUUAUUUUUGGAAUUUUUUUUGAAUAAUAUAUAACUGGCACAGUGCUGCAAAAAUUUCAUCUAGAUAUCUUUUGGCUAACUUAGGCUCUUAUGCUAGGCUACUAAUGAGACAAACUUUAUACUGAUACUCUUCUCUAGAUGCUUUUCUCCAUAAAGUAUUUUAAAAUACUUAUGUAGCAAGGAUGACUUGAUUUCAAGUUAUGCUUUAAAUUUGAAAUAUCACAGGUUUGUGUGAAAAUAUUGCUGCUUCUUGAUUGCCCAAGAUUUACUAUAACUACACUUAUGGAAACUUCAUUAUCUUUUAAAGAUUUAGUGAACUAAAAAUAAGCUUCAUAGUAUAAUUUAUAAAAUAUAUCUAGCAGGUAAAUGCAACAAAAACUUCCCCUAAAUGUUAAGGCAGUUGUGGUAUGCAAUUGUGUGGUUUCUUCUUGACUACAAACAUGUUAGGUCUGGGAAUGAAAGUAAUUAAUUUUUUACAUUAUCCUAACUCAUUGGCAGGGGGGGGAGAAAUUAAAAGCAUCUGGAUUGUCAUGGUCUCUGAACAACAUUGCAUCCUUUAAUUCUGUCAAUUUUUACACGUGAAUUAGGUGUACAGCAAGUUAUUGGUAUGCUGAAUUUUUUUUAACCUUGCUCUAUGCAGUUCAACUAAUUGUUUUUCCACGAGUUGUAAAAUAUACAAUUUCAUAGUUUCAAUUUUUGUAUAUUGUUUGAUUUAUUUUUCAGAGAUGAUAAAUAUGUAAAUAAUGGUGAAAUAGAACUACAAUUAAGACUUGGUAUUCAAGUGAUAAUGUACUGUUUUGAAAAUAGUCAAAGCUUUACAGAUGUUAGCAUGAGAAGAGUUGAUGGCAUGAUAUUAGUGAAAUAGUUCAACUUCUGAAUUCUUAGUUACAUGCUUUCUUUUGAAUAACCAUAAGAAAGUGAAGCAUAAACAAUAUGCCAGAACUGUUUUCUUGCAGCAAUUUUUAUCAUAUUUGGACUUGUAUCUCAUAAUAUUUUGAAUAAUGUUUUUAAAAUAAAUGGGGAGAAUAUAGCUUCUGUCUUCAUAAUUUGAUCAGUUUUUUAAUAUUUUCAUGUUAAACUAUUCAUUUUUAUUGGAAUAUGCUAUUUGUUUUCUAUUUAGGAUUGAACAGCGCAUUGCAAACUAUUUUUUGAGUCUCAAAACAACUGUUUUUGCCAUUCUUGUGGAUUCACCCUGUGUAGAAUACUCUCUCAUUAAAUAGGCCUUGUAUAAUGUGACAAGCUAUUUGCACUUACCAGCACCUUUGCUACUAUUCAUCUCAACCCGGUUUAGUAAAGGAGUCAGGUUUUCAAUUCAUGUCACCUUGCACAGGAUCACUUAAUUUUUUUACAGUAGGAAUGUAAAAAUAACAAAUUAGAAAAAUGGUCAGGUGGGUUAUUUUUAAUCCAUUUUUACCCUACUGUAUAGACUAUUGGGGGAGGGAGAAGUGGGGGGAAAGGGUCCAAGCCAUAACACCAAUGUAAUAAAUUUGUAUUGAAACGA